GGGCUGCGGCAGCGGCAGGGCGCGACCACCGGCUGCGAUCCGGGCACCGAGGCGGCUGGACAGAGGUCGAGCUGUCAGGAGGGCGGAGCCACGGGGCCUGCAGAGAUGCUGGCUGUCCCGGAGAUGGGCCUGCAGGGGCUGUACAUUGGCUCCAGCCCUGAGCAGUCCCCAGUGCCCAGCCCGCCCGGCUCCCCGAGGACCCAGGAAAGCUGUGGCAUUGCCCCCCUCACACCCUCACAGUCUCCAAAGCCUGAAGCCCGAGCCCCCCAGCAGGCCCCCUUCUCUGUGGUGGUGGCCAUCGACUUCGGCACCACAUCCAGUGGCUAUGCCUUCAGCUUUGCCAGUGACCCUGAGGCCAUCCACAUGAUGAGGAAAUGGGAGGGCGGGGACCCAGGUGUGGCCCACCAGAAGACCCCCACCUGCCUGCUGCUGACCCCGGAGGGGGCCUUUCACAGCUUCGGCUACACUGCCCGCGAUUACUACCACGAUCUGGACCCUGAGGAAGCGCGUGACUGGCUCUACUUCGAGAAGUUCAAGAUGAAGAUCCACAGUGCCACGGAUCUCACCUUGAAGACCCAGCUAGAGGCAGUAAAUGGAAAGAAAAUGCCUGCCCUGGAGGUGUUCGCCCAUGCCCUGCGCUUCUUCAAGGAGCAUGCCCUUCAGGAGCUGAGGGAGCAGUGCCCAUUGCUGCCAGAGAAGGACACUGUGCGCUGGGUGUUGACGGUGCCCGCCAUCUGGAAACAGCCGGCCAAGCAGUUCAUGCGGGAGGCUGCCUACCUGGCUGGCCUGGUGUCAAGAGAGGAUGCAGAGCAACUACUCAUUGCCCUGGAGCCUGAGGCCGCCUCUGUCUACUGCCGCAAGCUGCGUCUGCACCAGCUUGUGGACCUGAGCAGCCGGGCCCCAGGCAGUGGGCGCCUGGGUGGGCGCCGCUCCAUCGAUUCCAGCUUCCGGCAGGCCCGCGAGCACCUGCGAAGGUCCCGCCACAGCCGCACGUUCCUGGUGGAGUCAGGCGUCGGAGAGCUGUGGGCAGAGCUGCAAGCAGGAGACCGCUACGUGGUGGCAGACUGUGGGGGAGGCACAGUGGACCUGACCGUGCACCAGCUGGAGCAGCCCCAUGGCACUCUCAAGGAGCUCUACAAGGCGUCGGGCGGCCCCUAUGGCGCGGUGGGCGUGGACCUGGCCUUCGAACAGCUGCUGGGCCGCAUCUUCGGCGAGGACUUCAUUGCCACCUUCAAAAGGCAACGGCCGGCAGCCUGGGUGGAUCUGACCAUCGCUUUCGAGGCCCGCAAACGCACCGCAGGCCCGCACCGUGCGGGGGCGCUUAACAUCUCGCUGCCCUUCUCCUUCAUCGACUUCUACCGCAAGCAGCGAGGCCACAACGUGGAGACGGCCCUGCGCAGGAGCAGCGUCAACUUCGUGAAGUGGUCCUCACAGGGAAUGCUCAGGAUGUCUUGCGAGGCCAUGAACGAUCUCUUUCAGCCCACGGUCAGCGGGAUCAUCCAGCAUAUAGAGGCGCUGCUGGCGCGGCCCGAGGUGCAGGACGUGAAACUGCUGUUUCUGGUGGGCGGCUUCGCCGAGUCGGCCGUGCUGCAGCACGCGGUGCAGACGGCGCUGGGCGCCCGCGGCCUGCGCGUGGUGGUCCCGCACGACGUGGGCCUCACCAUCCUCAAAGGCGCGGUGCUGUUCGGCCAGGCGCCGGGCGUGGUGCGGGUGCGCCGCUCGCCGCUCACCUACGGCGUGGGCGUGCUCAACCGCUUCGUGGCUGGCCGCCACCCGCCCGACAAGCUGCUGGUUCGCGACGGCCGCCGCUGGUGCACCGACGUCUUUGAUCGCUUCGUGGCCGCGGAGCAGUCGGUGGCCCUGGGCGAGGAGGUGCGGCGCAGCUACUGCCCGGCGCGCCCGGGCCAGCGGCGCGUGCUCAUCAACCUGUACUGCUGCGCCGCCGAGGACGCGCGCUUCAUCACCGACCCGGGCGUGCGCAAGUGCGGCGCGCUGAGCCUUGAGCUCGAGCCCGCCCACCCCGACGCCACCGGCGCGCCCCCUGGCCGCCGCGAGAUCCGCGCCGCCAUGCAGUUUGGCGACACCGAGAUCAAGGUCACCGCCGUCGACGUCAGCACCAAUCGCUCCGUGCGCGCCGCCAUCGACUUUCUUUCCAAUUGAGGGCGCGCGGGCGCGGUGCCAGCCCACCCUCUGCAGGCCCCGCCCUCUUUCGGUCCGGGCCCUGGGGAGCCGGCUGGGGUAGGCGCAGCUGCUUGUUCAGUCAUCGCCCCUUUCCCCACCCUCCUGCCCGGGGAGAUGAGGUCGCAGGAUAGGUGGGGACACAUCCAGAGACUGUGGCUUUGGGAUUGGGCCCUCAUCCACUGACUUGAAGGCUGAAGGGCCCUGCCAAGGACUGAGGUCAAGGAGACUUAGAAGGGGCUUGUAAGACGCCGUGCCCACAGGGAGCACGUGACCCCGAAAGCAGAAGACAGCCUUGGACUGAACUCGGGGUGGGGGUGGGGGUGGAGGCAGCUGGGAGAGGCCAAGGCCGCAGCAGGAGGGGCAGCAGGAGGAAGGAGGUUGUGCAAGGCCUGGGCCGGAAGGGCCGACUGCACUGACUGAUGGGCUCGGCAUGCACAGGGAGGUGGGGCAGAGCAGCCCUGUGCCACAGAAAAAUGACUGGAAGCUGACCCUAGAAGGACAGGGGUUGUAGGCCCUUCCUGGGUGUGGUACUGACCACCCUAGUAUGACUUAAUUGUAGAAAGGGCAGUAGCAGACUAAUGAGGAGGGUAUAGGGUGCAGGCACUUAUGAGAUGAUGGGGGCAGCAUGCUGGGGGGCCUUUCCUUCAGGACAAAUGACCCAUCUGGGAAGGCCCCAAGGGCAGCCUAUGGAUGACCCACUUGCACCCUAUCCCAGCCACAGGAGGGCAGUGGGGGGGCUGGGGGAGGACAGGGAGCAAGGAGGGCUGGUCCCAGCUCUGCCGUCAACUCAAUGUGCCAUUAGGACAUUCCCUGCCCACCCAUGGCAGGGUGAUUUUCAUUCCCCGAGUAUGAAAUGUCAGGCACCUCCCUCCAACCAUGACAUGCAACAACCCCACCUGCCUGAGAACCAUAAGGUGACAAUAAAGCAUUUAUGCUCAAGGUGAA